AUGGGAAAAAGACGAAAAAAUGCUCUGGUGGAACUGGAUUCAAGUCGUAGUGAAUCUGAAUCAAAUAUUGAGUCGGAUGCUUUGACACUUGGAAAGCGCAGGAAAAGAAAAUUGAGCAAUGUUAAACAGUUAUCAGCAAUAUCGGCUUCAUCAGAUUCUGAGGAUGAAGUAGUUAAUACAACCAAAGGAUACAUCGCUCCCACUUCUUCAAUUGAAGGAAUGAGCGGAAGUGAAAAAGUAAAUUUGCGAAAGAGUAAUGAACACGAGGAUGGGGAAGUAUCUGACACGGAUAAUGGGGAGAAUAAUGAUGAAGGUUCUGAUGCAUCUGACGGUAGCACAGAAUCGACAUCGUCUUCUGACUCUAGUUCUGAUUCGGAAUUUGAUGAUGGCUACGACGAAAAUCUAAUGGGGGACGAAGAGGAUCGUAAACGAUUGUCCUGCCUUUCAGAAAAAGAAAGAGAGACAGAGAUAUUUAAAAGAAUUGAACAGCGUGAUAUAAUGCGUACAAGAUGGGAAAUUGAGCGAAAAUUGAAAUUAGCAAGACGUGGUGAGAAAGCUAUAACUAAAAAAUCUAAAGUAAAGAAAGAAAAGAAAAAGAAGACUAAAAGUUCUUUGCCAACGUCAAGAGUUCUGGAAGAUGUAAAGGAAAUAGACAUUUUAACAAAGACGGAAAACUGUGUACCUGUAGAAUAUGUUCAAACCCAGGAAAUCUCGGAAACGAUCGAAGAUGAUUUUGUUAGCGUGGUUAAUGAUGAAGCAACAAGUGGCAACGGCGAAUACUUCGACCCUAAAGAAAGAUCAAAGGAAAGAAAGAAGAAUGUUGAAAUGAAUCGUACAGAUGACAAACGAAGCAAUGCUAUGGCACUGCUUAAAGCAAAGCGAGAAGGAAAGGCAAAAAGAGAGGAAGAGGAAGCUAAAAGGCAGGCCCAGAGGGAAAAGGAGGAUGAAAAGGACGAGCUGGAAAGCGUAACCGGAGGAAAAUCAUCUGUCAAGUUAAAAGCAUCCGAAAUUUAUUCGGAUGAUUCAGGUAGCAGUGACUGGGAAGAUGAGGAUAAACCAUCCGAUAAACGUUCCCGAACAAAUAGUAGUAAAGACUCUAGCGAAAGUGAAGAGGACGAACAUGACGAUAAACACACAAAAUAUAUAACCACUAGGGAAGAACUGAAUAAAAUUAGAUUGUCGAGAUUUAAGAUGGAGCGAUUCAUAAAUUUGCCAAUAUUUGAGCGAACUGUAAUGAAUUGCUUUGUUCGUAUCAGCAUUGGAAAUAAUGGUCAAAAAGCCGUGUACAGAGUUGCAGAAAUUGUUGGUGUAGUGGAAACAGCUAAAAUUUAUAAUUUGGGCAAAACUCGGACCAAUAAAGGUCUUCGAUUAAAGCAUGGAGCUCAGGAAAGAGUAUUUCGUCUUGAAUUUAUUUCGAACCAAGAGUUUACAGAAAGUGAAUUUACAAAAUGGCGUGACAUUUGUUCACAGCAGAAUGUUCAGAUGCCUUUAAUAAGUUUAAUUGAGCAAAAAUUGAAUGAUAUAAAGAUAGCAUUAAAUUAUGAGUUCAAAGAUGAAGAUGUUGAUAAAAUUAUUGAGGAGAAAAAUAGGUUUAGAAACAGACCAACAAAUUAUGCCAUGAAAAAAACUUGUUUAAUGAAAGAACGUGAUGCAGCACUUCUUCGAGGCGAUUAUGAACUAUCACAAGAAUUAAGUCAACAAAUAGAAGAAUUAGAAAGUCGAGCUUCGGAAUUGGAUAAAAGAAGGUCCAGCAGUAUCAGUCUAAUUUCCUACAUUAAUGAUCGCAAUAGAAAGCGAAACGUAGAAGAUGCUGAGAAGGCAAUUUUGGAAGAAGCUCGAGCAAAUAAAGGCUUAAGAAUAUCUGAUCCAUUUACCAGAAGAAUAACACAGCCAAGAAUGGGCUUUAAGCAAACAAGUGAAAAAGAAGUAAUCGAUAUUGCACCGGAUAAAACAUCAAGUGGAUUGUCAAAGCAAGCAUUUGUCGCAACGGAAAGUGUCAUUACAUCAAAUGACAAAAAAAGUUAUAAUCUGUACUCUCUACAUGAUUUUGAUAUUGAUUUAGACGUCACAGUUCCAGCGAAUGCAGUAAGCAAUCUUCCGAAACCUGUUCCCAAAAUAACCGAGGCAACAACAAAACGGUCUUUGAACCUUGAAGACUACAAGAAGAAAAGAGGACUUAUCUGA